UUUACUAUUUUUGUAUUAUUUCUAUUUUGUGUAGCUAACAGUGAAAAUCAGAUUCUAAAUCUAAAGAGACAUGAUGAUUAUGUCAAGAAAAUUUUGACAGUGUACUGUGGACAUGUGGUGAGAGUGCUUGGUGCACUACUAGACACAUGGGCCCCAUCAUCAUCACUCCCUCCACCACCUUCCCCCUCUCAAACUUCCCUUCCCCUUCCCUCCUCCACUCCAUACUCUUCCUCUCCCUUCAUUACCCAAACACUUCUCUGUCUGAAAAACGCUUUCUUUAAACCUUUCUUUGAUCUUCAGAAACAGCUAAAGUCUAUUUCUUGUUUGAGCAUGGAAGGAGGUCUUGGUUUACUUGGUGUAAAUGGUGGUGGUGUUUCUGGGGCCUCAGCAAACGAGUCUACUGUGAAAAAGGUGGAUGCUGAGGCUAGCUCAUAUGCAGUAGAGGCUGAGCUAGAGCUGGGCCUUGGUUUGAGCAUUGGUGGUGGAAGUGGAGGAAAGGGCAAGUCAAGCGCAUGGGGCGAGUGUGGAAGAAUCCUGACUGCCAGGGACUUUCCUUCUCUGGCCUCUCAGCCUCAUAGAAGUCAUCAUUAUAAUAAUAAUAGCAAUGCUUCUGCUUGUGUUGCUGUUUCUGGGACUAAACGAGCUGCUGAGCCUGUUUCCCAAGAGAGUGGAUCCCCUACUUCUAUCAGUAAAUUGCUUUGUGGGAGCAGUCAGGUUGUGGGGUGGCCUCCUAUAAGAGCUUAUAGGAUUAACAGCCUGGUGAACCAAGCCAAGGCUUCAAGAUCUGAAGAAGAUAAGUUAGCUGGUGAAAAAGACAAAUCUAAUGAUGCUUCCAAGAAAAUUUGCAAUGCUACUGGAAAUGAGAAAGGGCAUCUUGGAUUUAUCAAGGUGAAUAUGGAUGGAGUUCCAAUUGGAAGGAAAGUGGACUUGAAUGCUCAUGCUUCCUAUGAGACUCUUGCACAAACACUUGAAGAAAUGUUUUUCAGGUCCACCCCAACCGUCAGCUCCAUGGGAUCAGGUGGAGAGAAGCAACAACCAGCAAAUCCCUCUAAGCUCUUGGAUGACUCAUCUGAGUUUGUGCUAACUUAUGAAGAUAAAGAGGGAGACUGGAUGCUCGUCGGAGAUGUUCCAUGGGGGAUGUUCUUAAGCUCUGUUAAAAGGCUCCGAAUCAUGAAAACUUCAGAAGCUAAUGGACUUGGUCCAAGAUUCCAAGAGAGGAGUGAAAGACAAAGAAGCAAGCCAGCUUAGGAUCACCUCUGCCCAUCAUGUAAAACUCCAAAAAGAUGAAAACUUAAUAGUUUGAAAACAAAAACAGUAGAAAAAAAAAAGCUGAUGAAUCAGAACAUUCCACUGAGAUUGCAUUUUUAGUUGUAUUCUUUUUUGUCGCUUGACCACUAUCUGGUUUUCUAGGUGAAAUUCAUUUAGUUUCUGUCGCAUACAGUGCUGCCACACAGGCUUUUUUGCACACCUGACUGCUGCUUUCUCAUACUGUAUAUAUGAGAGUACUGUGGAGUUUGCUGCAAUCUAGUGGACUGAGUUUCAAUAUUUGGUGUGGUUUUGAUGUCUGAAAAGAUCUUCCUCGUUGUGUUGGUUUUGUUUUAUAUAUUUUGGAAGUGUGCAGCUUGGCACAUUUGGAUUGAUUGUACCUCAACUGAACAACCCUUUUCUAGUUAUUAAUCUAACUUUCCAUUUCAUUACAA